GCUCUGGGCUGGGGGGGGGGCGGUGGCGGUGCUGGUGCUGGUGUCGGUCCGGUUCGGUUCAGGCCGCCGCCAUGUGGCCGUGCGGAGGGCGGCGGCAGCGGCGGUUCGGGGGUGUCGCGAUGCUCCUCCUCGUGCUGUGGCUGCUGGCACGCAGGUUUAAUUGGAGUGAACUGGUCCCAGUGCGGCUGUGGGGCAGGACACUGGGCCUGCAGACCAAGCACUCACAGUUCCUGCUGGAAGGAAUGCCCUUCCGUAUAUUUGGAGGUUCCAUGCACUAUUUCCGAGUCCCCAGGGAAUACUGGGAGGAUCGCAUGCUAAAGAUGAAGGCGUGUGGCUUGAACACCCUCACAACGUAUGUACCAUGGAACCUUCAUGAACAAACACGAGGGAAGUUUGACUUCAGUGAGAACCUGGAUCUAGAGGCCUUCCUUUCCCUGGCAGCUAAGAAUGGGCUGUGGGUGAUUCUGCGUCCUGGACCUUACAUCUGCUCAGAGUGGGACCUCGGUGGCCUGCCCAGUUGGCUGCUGCAGGACCCAGAGAUGCAGCUGAGAACAACAUACAAGGGCUUCACAGAGGCGGUGGAUGCCUAUUUUGAUCGUCUAAUGCCAAUCGUAGUCCCUCUUCAGUACAAGAGAGGAGGUCCCAUCAUUGCAGUGCAAGUGGAGAAUGAAUACGGUUCCUAUGCCAAAGACUCAAACUACAUGGCCUAUGUGAAAAUGGUAAUGUUGGCCUGUUUACUUGUUUCUGUGGCUCUGUUAAGCAGGGGGAUUGUGGAGCUGCUGAUGACCUCAGACAACAAGAAUGGGUUAUCAUAUGGCUUAGUGGAAGGAGCAUUGGCCACUGUUAACUUUCAGAAGCUGGAACCUGGUGUAUUGAAAUACCUGGAUAAGAUACAGCGAGAUCAGCCAAUGAUGGUGAUGGAGUAUUGGACCGGAUGGUUUGAUAACUGGGGAGGCCCUCACUGUGUCUUCGAUGCGGAUGAAAUGGUGAAUACUGUAGCAAGCAUCCUCAGAUUAGGAGCAUCCAUCAAUCUCUACAUGUUUCAUGGAGGCACCAACUUUGGCUUCAUGAAUGGUGCUUUGAAGACUGAUGAGUACAAGUCAGAUGUCACCAGCUAUGAUUACGAUGCUGUGCUGACAGAGGCUGGAGACUAUACAUCCAAAUUUUUCAAGCUCCGACAACUCUUCAGCACAAUCAUUGGCCAGCCACUUCCUCUCCCUCCCAUGAUUGAAAGCAAGGCGUCGUACGGUGCCAUCCUCCUGCAUCAAUAUAUCUCUCUCUGGGAUGUGUUACCAUCACUUGUACAGCCCAUAAAAUCAGAGUUUCCAGUUAACAUGGAGAACCUCCAACUAAACGAUAGCAGUGGGCAGUCCUAUGGAUACGUACUCUACGAGGUUGUCAUAUUUGGUGGUGGACAACUGCAUUCUAGAGACCAUGUCCGUGACCGAGCACAGGUGUUUAUUAACACCAUGUAUGUUGGUGAGCUGGACUACAACACGGUGGAGCUCUCCCUUCCUGAAGGACAGGGAUUCAGGCAGUUGAGACUCUUGGUUGAGAACCGUGGUCGUGUCAAUUACGGCCUGUCGCUGAACGAGCAGCGGAAAGGCUUAAUUGGUGACAUCUUCUUGAAUAAAACCCCCCUGAGGAACUUCAGGAUUUACAGUCUGGAGAUGAAACCUGACUUCUUGAAAAGCCUGCAGCACGCUGGUGGAUGGAGCGCAGUCCCAGAUUACUUCGUCGGUCCAGCUUUUUUCCGUGGAAAGCUGUGGAUAGAGCAUCAGCCACAGGAUACUUUCUUGAAGCUACAGGGCUGGGAAAAAGGAGUUGUGUUUGUCAAUGGUCACAACCUUGGCCGCUACUGGAAAAUUGGACCUCAGGAAACACUGUACCUUCCUGGCCCCUGGUUGAGGAAAGGGAGCAAUGAGAUCAUUAUUUUUGAGGAACGCGCUGCAGGACGGAUCAUACAGUCUGUCGACAUACCUUACUUGGGAAGGACCCAGUAUGUGGACUGAUGAGAGCUUCUUUCCCAUGUUUGGUUCAUCUUGAACACUCCUGGUUGCAUGUCUGGGGACAUGAUGGCCCACGCACUUGGGCCUCUUAAUUUCCACUAGACCCAGGUCAAGGAUUUGCUCUUUGGCAAUAAGCUCAGAAGAGAGAAUGGGCCCCAAAGGAACCAGAAUCUGUUGUUCCAGUGAUGGAUGUGGAAGCUCAUCUGCCUGCACUGCCGAGGAGCUGUGGCUUGGAUGGCUGUGCGUGAUGUUACAGACAGCAGUGAAUGUUAGGGAGUAACACGGUGCUGGAGGCAGGAGAGAGUGAACUGAACCCCGAGUCCAGCUCUCCACUGACUUUAAAAACGUGUUAUUGCUGACCUCUUCAUUUUUAUAAUUAGAGAGAAAAUGGUGAACAUUUGAGUAACCAGGUGUGGAAACACAUGGUGUUGUACUUCCAGGCACAAUUUAUCAGUGCAGUCUGCAGAGGGGCUGCAACCGGUUCACUUGUUGGAAGCCACGUUGGUUGUUAAAUGAGUUAAGUGUGAGCUUUGUUCCACUGUGUUUUAAUGUGGAGGUUGUUUCUCUCUCAGAAAGAAGGAGAAAAAAAAAAAGAAAAAAGUUUUAAAAAUUCAAAAAGUGUUUUUUUCCUCUAUCAAAAAUACCGUCCUGUUUCAGGUCAGGAAUGAGCAAGAGUUUCCAGUCACUGACAAGAGAGAGAUCCCUGCUUGCACCUGGGGAUGAAGUUCCCCCUUGUAAAGCAGCAGCAAUCAGUUUUUGGUUGUGAUAGAAGCCAAGGAGUCACAUACAUAAAUGGGUGAGCACAUCUGGGCUCUGAGAAGCACCAACCACGUGCCUUUCAUAAUGGAGUUGCAGGGUAUUCUAGCUCUUAAAAACCAUACUUAAUUUUAUUUAACAAAUUUAAAUACAGUUUAUUUAAAACUGAGAACAGACAGUGUGGCUGUCAUACACUCCACCCUGACAAGAGCUGGCCUCGCUGAGCGUGCACAUCUCUGCUCCCCAGACCCACAGUGCUGCUGUGCAGGUUGGAAGGGCUCAACUUUGAGGAGUGUAAAAGCAGGGCUGUGCUCAGGACUUGGGCUUUUGUGUUUUUUCUGGAAGUUAAUUCCUUCCAAGGAGGGAAUGCUGCAGCUCAGCAGGAGCUGGAGCUGACGUUAGUGAAUGAAAACAUGCAGCUAGGAGAGGCCAUCAGUUGGAAACUACCUUAGCAGAAGAAUUUAUAUGCCUUUAACAAUGUCUUUUUCCCCUCUAGGCUGUGCAGACUGAACUGAGGUGUUUGAUGCUUGUACAAGAACAGAAUCGGUCUGCUCAGAUGCAGAGAGCUCCCAUUUUAGCACAAGGUAACAGUGCCUGUUCCAAUAGAGUGGCCAGUGGAACUGGAUGCUUUCUAUCCCAAUACUAUUUCAGCCAGUCUAAAAGAACAUUAUUGUAAAGGCUGUGUAGCAAGGCUUUGUGACUGAGAGCUUCCCCCAACUAACCCAAAUGUUUCUUUAAAUAUUAGGGAAUGCACAGCCAUUAGUCCAAGGGGAGACUUCUGCACCGUGAAGGUAACAAUCCCAUCUGUAGUACUUUAAUACUUCUAUGCAUUAGGGCUAAAAAGAACCAAAUCUGGGAUUACAUUUUCCUUCAACUCAAAGGGAAAACUGUGCUUCAGACCCUUAUGAAAGAACUGGGGCAGUGGGGGUUGAUGAGAUGUUUGACAGCUGUGAGGGGAGGGUGCUAAGUUGUGUGUAUUAAGGGUUUUUUGUGUGUUUGCUGGCUGGAAGUAGGGAGAAGGGCUAAGCUGUACCUUAAUUUCUUCCUCAGCAAGUGUGUCGUUUUCAAAUAGAGUCAGCCAAGGGAGCAGCGCCCAGGUUCCUCCUCUGCAUUGCUCAGCCACGUGCCUCUUGCUGAGGAGCAAGAUAUAGUUUCAUCAGAGAAUACCCUUUCAUCAAUAGUACCUCAGGUCCUUUGAUGUCACAGAGCAGGGAAGAGGCAACUAAUAUUCUGCUUAGUUUUUCAGCCUACCUGGAGCCAGAGGUAGAGGGAACAGAGCGUGCUAAGCACA